GUUUCGCUGUACUGUUGUUUUGUUUGUGUGUGUAUUUGUCAGUUAGUCUGUCUUUUUCCAGUCUUAGUGGUUUUUCCACACCUAACGGAAGGUACCUGUACAUAUCCACAGGCCUCGUUUAAGGCUUGUCUCCAUAUUAUAGCCUUACUCUGGUCUUGUGCGGUCUGCACCGGUCUGGGGAAUAAACUAUAUUUCUUUUUCCAAGACCCAGACUUGCAUGGUCGUAAUGGUCUUGCAAUUUCAGUCAGUGUGUUUCCGUACAUUAUUUAAGAGUUAUGUCACUGAAGAAGUACAUGAAAUGUACAAAUAUAAUGAAAAUUGUGAGUAAGAACGUUCAUUUGCAAAAAUACCAAAAAUUAUGUAUGAAAAGUAUGUUUA